UUUAUUUCUAUUUUAUUUUACUUUUUAUUUUUGUCUUUUUGGUAUGGAUGGUUAUGUCACUCGGCAGUCGCCGACCUGGCGUAAUUGGUUCGCUUAUAAACUUGGAUUCACGGAUUUACCCACACGUGUCAACUGUUGGUACUGCAAUCAAACUUCAUACCUACUUCCGGGAAGCAAACAAACUGUUCGUCAUUGGUAUUGUAGACUAUGUGAAAACACCAAUGCUAUAGAUCAAUAUGGUGAUAUUAUGGAUGCACCUCCUAUCCCUGAAACUUCCAGUACUUCUGCAUAUGGGUCUUCUCUUAAACAAAGAAAAAAGUAUCAGCAAUCUAGAUCGUCCUCUACUACAAUGCCGACAAAAGAUCAAAGAACACUUUGCGAAAACUGUCAACGAAAUCAAAUUCUCAUCUAUCAAUUCAUGAGCGAAUAUCUACGAGAUGAAAAUGACGCAGACUAUGAUUACCGUGUUCAGCACGCAAGGGAAUACCAAGAGUCACUCAAUAAUAAGCAUCCAUUAUGCGCAGAGUGUCAAGAUAAAUUACAAGAUGUAUUAGCAGAACAAAGAGAUUCUUUACGAAGAUUAAAGAUUAAUGAAAAACGACAGCUAUCGAUGCAAUCAAAAAUACCUACUCGUAUAUCUCUUUCUCAAUAUCGAUGGUAUGCCUCUUUUUGGUUGAUUUUGCAUAGUUCCGUCCUUUUCCUCUGCAUAUUCGCUGUAUUUUAUCCUCCUCAACCGAUAAAUCAUAAUGAAACUUUGACGUCCAUUCAAGACGCCUUAAAAUUACUUUAUUAUUGUUUCCUUUACCCGUUUCAACAAAAUGAGCAAGAUCAUACUAUCAUCUCAUUAUCAUCAUCAUUGCCAAGAGCACCAUCAAUCUCCAGUCAAAUAGAAUGGCUCUUCUCACGCGAUGCUGUAAUCAAGUUUUUUUGGUUUACGGUCAAUAACCUUAAUUCUAUGAUGCGAUUUAUAUGUUAUGCUACAUAUCAGCUUUUUAGUUUUGUGAUGGUUUCAUCUCAUUCAACCAUAGACUCUACUAUAUUAUUUGAUGAAGAUAUUGAAUCAGUGAAAAUAUCAUCCUGGGAUGUAACCGAUAUCGGCAUAUUCUGUUACAUUGUUUUCUAUACAAUGUCCUUUCCCUAUAUGUACUGGCAUAUCAAAGUUUCAAGAUUAUUUUUUAAGCCCUCUAAUCUUUUAGGUUGGCAAGUUUACAAAGUAAUGUGACUAGGAGAAAGUGGUACAACAAUGUCUUUAUUUUAGCCGAUUUGCAUUACUUUUUUCACUAGCAUAUGGAAAUUCCACAAAAAUG